AUGCUCUCCAUCCUGGUCCUCAGAAUGUCAUCAGAGGACAAGAGCCUGGAUCCAUCUGACUACGGACCGUCUACUCCCCUGAGCAGCACCCCCUCAGACAGCCCCUCCCCUGCCCCCACAGACAAGCGCCCCCGCGGCCGGCCUCGUAAGGAUGCAGGAUCCGGCAUACCCACACCCAAAAAGAAGUAGGUCCCUCUGCGCUCUAACCUUGGUGUGAUGCUUAGUUGUUAUGCAUGUACUGAGGGUUGACGCCUUGGCUAAUGGUGUCGCCCUCUGUGGUUUCAUUGGGACCUGUGGCAUUUGGCAAGUCUUAUGAUGUUCUACUGGAUGUAUUUUACUAAGCAGUUUGAUUGUUUUUGGGGGUGGGGGGAAUCUGCAUUUUGGGUGGUUGUGAGUUGUAAAGGUAGAAUUAAUUAUUAUCGUAGUGGAUAAAAAUGCCUUAAAGUCUACCGACAGAUGUCUCUGGCUGGUUCAGGUUUAUUACUUACUCAACUCAUGCAAUUCUUCAGUAAUCUUGCCAUUUCUUUCCAAGCAGACCAUUUAUUUUUAUUUUGAAUUGCUAAUACUCAUUCACAUCAUUCACACAGUCCCCUCGGAACAGUUGAUGUAUGUUACUUAAACUCUGAAGCAUUUAUUUUGGCUGCAAUUUCUGAAGCUGGUAACUCUAAUGAACUUAUCCUCUGCAGCAGAGGUAACUCUGGGUCUUCCAUUCCUGUUGCGGUCCUCAUGAGAGCCAGUUUCAUCAUAGCGCUUGAUGGGUUUUUGUGACUGCACUUGGAGAAACUUUCAAAGUUCUUGAAAUGUUCCGUAUUGACUGACCUUCAUGUCUUAAAGUAAUGAUGGACUGUCGUUUCUCUUUGCUUAUUUGAGCUGUUCUUGUCAUAAUAUGGACUUGGUCUUUUACCAAAUAGGGCUAUCUUCUGUAUACCAACCCUACCUUGUCACAACACAACUGAUUUGCUCAAACGCAUUAAGAAGGAAAGAAAUUCCACAAAUUAACUUUUUAAGAAGGCACACCUGUUAAUUGAAAUGCAUUCCAGGUGACUACCUCAUUAAGCUGGUUGAGAUAAUGCCAAGAGUGUGCAAAGCUGUCAAGGCAAAGGGUGGCUAUUUGAAGAAUCUCAAAUAUAAAAUAUUUUGAUUUAACACUUUUUUUGGUUACUACAUUUACAUUUUUUUUACAUUUUAGUCAUUUAGCAGACACUCUUAUCCAGAGCGACAUACAGUUAGUGAGUGCAUACAUUUUCAUACUGGCCCCCCGUGGGAAUCGAACCCACAACCCUGGCGUUGCAAGUGCCAUGCUCUACCAACUGAGCUACACGGGACUACAUGAUUCCAUAUGUGUUAUUUCAUAGUGUUGAUGUCUUCACUAUUAUUCUACAAUGUUAAAAAUAGUAAGAAUAAAGAAAAACCCUUGAAUGAGUAGGUGUGUCCAAACUUUUGACUGGUAGUGUACAUCUACAGAAAUAAGACAGAUCCUGCUUCUGUUGCCAGUUUGAGUGUUUGUUUAAUAGCAUACUGAUUCCGUGAGCACCAAGCCUCACGCCACAUGUCAAGUAAACAAUUUCACAAAUGUAGCUGUUUGUAAUCUUUGCUCUAAAGGCUUUACACUUUGUUUCGAUAGAGCAGCCUCUCUGGUAUUAGUUCUAAUUUAGUGUUUACACUGUUCCAAAUUGUCCGAAAAAUAAUAUUUAUAAUAAUAACGCACCUUUUUCUUGAUCUCGUUGUUGUUGUUAUUAUUAUUAUUAUUAUGAUGAUCAUAAGUAAUGUCAUUAUCAUUAGUAGGCUUAGUAUAGCAGCCUUGUAUAACCACAAUUGAGCUGUAGGCCUAAGAGCACAUCCUGUUUAGUCUUAAUAUCGUAACUUACUUAGGCCUAUAUUUUAAUACUUAUAUAGGCUACUGAAUCAAUCAUUCAUUCGUUGUUCAUGUCCUUACACAGCAUAUGAGUCAUUAAUGAUUUGAAAUGCAAUCAAGCAUUUUUAGUUUAAAAAUAAAGCGAGCCUUGAAUAAUUAGCUUAAACAAUAAAUAAAUAAAUGGUUCCAUUUCGGAAAUUGCGUUCACGAAUGAAUACGACUGUUUUUAGUCUUUGCUGUAAUAAAGGCUUAACAAAAAAACAGUACAACAGACUCUCUGGUAUGCUUACUUAUUUAGUGUUUACAUUGUUCUAAAAAGGACAGAAAUUAUAUUUGUAUCUACACAGUACCUGUUUGGCACACAUAAUAUUUACGCAGCGCUUGCUCCUUACCUUCAAGAAAAAGAUCUCCAGUAUUUUCCACAACUUGUCAAAUUUAUUCCACACAUCUGACUUUCCCUUUACCUCCUGAGCAACCAGUAAACAUUCCCCCGUUUUCGAGUUUUUGUCACGUCCUCAGCAUUCAUUUACCUGUCACGUGUUUACGGUUUUCAGAGUUUGUUAUAACCUAUUUAUUGAUGUGAUUAUGAUAAGCUAUAGGUCAGGCCCUAUUGUGCCCUAUUCAGACAGGAUUUGUUUUACUGGGGGAGGUCGGUUCAUGUAAUUUAUGUGUACGAGCACAAAACACUACAUCUACAUUUUAGUCCUGUCCGAAUCUGCCAUGUCAGUAAUUUUUACAUCGCAGGAGAGUAACAAUUCCAGCCAGAAUAACCUACUGUUUUUUGGGGGGAACUCCAAUGUCCUCUGAUAAUACUAGUCCCGUGCGAGUCGACAUCCCUCUGUUUUGAGAGAAAUGUCUGUUUGUUAGGUGUUGCUCGCGGUUUGCCCAAGAAAACAAUAACUGAUUCGAUAAAUUGAACUAAGUGCUGUGCAUAAGCUAUAUAUGAAUCGCCUACAUGUAGCCUAUCAACUUUCACAGUGAAUGCUUUUGUUUAUAAGUUUUGUGUGUAUGAAUGGAAUAUUGCCAAAUGUAUCAGUAAAAAAUAUUGAGCCUAAUAAUGCAACCUUUGCUGUUAAUAGAUCGCAAAGCAGCGUUCAACUGACCUAAACGUUUGGAAAUGAUAAGUUAAAUUUCUCAUCCAUAGCCUUAAAACGCAUCUCAAUUGCACUGUUUAGCUCACCUCUGAAGGCUGGGGGGCAUUUAGGUCGCUAAAAUAUCCUAAUGAUUAUGAUCAUACUUCUUCAAUUCAAAUAUUAUGGCGACACUAUACCGAAGAUGGUUUGGUAUGGUUUAGAAUCUUGGGAACCAAGCUCGAGCUGUCAGUGUGGCCCUAUCACCUGGACAUGUUGAAAUACUGUAUCUUCAUGCCUAGAAUAAAAACCUCCAGGCUUCCGGCAUAACUGUCCAUUUAUUUAAAAAUAAUGAUCACAGGGUGCAGUUUGGGGGAAAAAAACUAAUCCUGUCUGAAUCGUCCGCUGGAAUAACAGACAUUCUGGAGUAAUAUUUUACAAAACCAACGUUCUCAAGUAAAACUAGUCCCGUGCGAAUGCAUACGUGUCACGUAACAGAACUUCUGUCAGAAAUGGCUGUAAUUAUGUUGCAGCUUCAGCAACACGGACAGCGUGAUAAACACUUUGAUGUUCUGUGAUGGACGCUGCAGCAGGAAGGAGAGAGAGACAAUGGGUGCUAGUCACAGUCACUCGCUGUCUUUCUAUUUUUUACACAGCGCAGCAGGUCUGAGCCUGGCCCGGCACAAUCAAAUCAAUUGCUGGUCGGACUCCCUCUGGUCAUUUGUGUGUCUUAAUUAUUUAAUCAGUGUGCUUAAUGUCAAAGUAGAAUGACGUUUUUAGAAAUGUUUACCAAUUAAUAAAUGAAAAGCUCAAAUGUAUUGAGUCAAUAAGUAUUCAACCCCUUUGUUAUUGCAUGCCUCUAAGUUCAGGAGUAAAAAUGUGCUUAACAAGUCACAUAAUAAGUUGCAUGGACUCCCUCUGUGUGCAAUAUUAGUGUUUUAACGUGAUUUUUGAAUGACUACUUCUUCUCUUUACCCAACACAUACAAUUAUAUGUAAGGUCCCUCAGUCGAGCAGUGAAUUUCAAACACAGAUUCAACCACCAAGACCAGGGAGGUUUUCCAAUGCCUCGCAAAGAAGGGUACCUAUUGCUAGAUGGGUAAAAAUAGAAAAAGCAGACUUUGAAUAUCCCUUUGAGCAUGGUGGAGUUAUUAAUUACACUUUGGAUGGUGUACCAAUACACCCAGUCGCUACAAAGAUACAGGCGUCCUUCCUAACUCAGUUGCCGGAGAGGAAGGAAAUCACUCAGGGAUUUCACCAUGAUGACUUUAAAACAGUUACAGAGUUUAAUGGCUGUGAUAGGAGAAAACGGAGGAUGGAUCAACAACAUUGUAGUUACUCCACAAUACUAACCUAAUUGACAGUGUGAAAAGAAGGAUUCCUGUACAGAAUAAAAAUAUUCCAAAACAUGCAUCCAGUUUGCAACAAGGAACUAAAGUAAUGCUGCAAAAAAUGUAGCAAAGCAAUUCACUUUUUGUCCUGAAUACAAAGUGUUAUGUUUGGGGCAAAUUAAACACAUUACUGAGUACCACAAUCCAUAUUUUCAAGCAUAGUGGUGGCUGCAUCAUGUUAUAGGUAUGCUUGUAAUCAUUAAGGGGAAUUUUUCAGGAUAAAAAAGAAACGGAAUGGAGCUAAGCACAGGCAAAAUCCUAGAGGGAAAACCAGGUUCAGUCUGCUUUCCACCAGACACUGGGAGAUUAAUUCACCUUUCAGAAUGACAAUAACCUAAAACACAAGGCCAAAUCUAAACUGGAGGGGCUUACCAAGAAGACGGUGAAUGUUCCUGAGUGGCCGAGUUACAGUUUUGACUUAAAUCUACUUGAAGAUCUAUGGCAAGACUUAAAUGGUUGUCUAGCGAUGAUCAACAACCAAUUUGACAGAGCUUGAAGAAUUUUGAAAAUAAUAAUGGGCAUAUGUUGUACAAUCCAGGUGUGGAAAUCUCUUAGAGACUUACUCAGAAAGACUCACAGCUGUAAUCGCUGCCAAAGGUGUUGUUACAAAGUAUUGACUCAGGGCUAUGAAUACUUAUGUAAGUGAGAUAAUUCUGUAUUUAAUUUUUCAAUACAUUUGGGAACAUUUUGAAAAACGUUUUCACUUUGUCAUUAUGGGGUAUUGUGUGUAGAUGGGUGAGAAAAUAUAUUUAAUACAUUUUGAAUUUAAGGCUGUAACAACAAAAUGUGGAAUAAGUCAAGGGGUGUGAAUACUUUCUGAAGGCACUGUAGCUGCCUCGCACAGGGGAACACUGGGGCAUUCGCUUUGAGAUUGAGUAACUAACGUUCCUCAAAUACACACUCUGCUGAAAUAGGCCAGAUUAGCAUGGCAACUGACACCGCAGGUAGUAACACCACAGGGCCGACGAGCUGCUGGCUAUAUGCACGGUAACACCAUAUGUACUCUGCCAUGGUGGUGACUGCUUAACGGCCUUUCUGUAUUUUCAGUUUGUUGCCUAUAGCCCUUCAGAUGCAUAGUAUUGGAUGGAAAAUCCGACUGAAAGUCCGCAAUCCUAAAGUUAUUUUUGCCCCGUCACUUGGUUUGGUAUAAAGCUGAGGGAUGGGGCUGGAGAAAUGUAACCACACUCAAAUUCAUGAGCUAUGGAUGCAACCGACAGUCAUAGUAAUGAUUGGGUCCGACAGCUGUACUAAGCUAAUGAGGUAUUUCUAAGGUAUUUAUUAUGUAUAUUAUUUGAAAUUGCCAUUGGACAGCUGGAAAUAUCCCAUAUUGUGCCUUUUUUAAACGCCUCGGCGCUACUUAGUGCUAUUGAAAACUCAGGACAGCUUGGUUGGCCUAGUCAGAAUGUCACCUGGCUGAUUAUGGACCAUAAAUGCAUGGCUCGUGUUCAAAUGAUGUCAUCACUGACUUCCUGGAAAAUGUGUGUAUGGGUGACACUGUGCUCCUUGCCUGUUUGUCCAUUAGCAUUCUUCUAUACAUACAGUGUAAUGUAUACGCGCCGCUGUAUGGUGUUACUGCUGUUAUGUGAUCUGUCUGCCACUUCCUAGAGGCUCUGUUCCAGGUAGUCCUUGUUUUUCUUCACAAGGGGUGUGUGUGUGUGUGUGUGUGUGGGCGGGCAUGGAGCGUGGGUGUGGGUGUGGGUGCGUGUGAAACAAAUACACGCUCACACAGAGGUGAUAGUAAUACGCCCCAGAUGGGGAAUAAACAACGUAUCCUUGAAUAACAAUGAGUUAUAGGGCUCAAUCUUUAUCUGAAUUAUUGCCUUGGCCUUUUGCAACUCAUACCUUUCUUUUUAUGUCAGAAAUGACCAAGCUUGAUUUCUAUCUAGAAGAACCCUUUUUCAGAGGAAAUUGCACAAUUUUUCUGCCAAGGCUUCGCUUCCCUCUUCCUCCUCAUAGCCCCUAUCUUUUUUUGAAGGCAAGCUUGUCCCUAGACCCACUGUGCUUGUGUCACUGAAGUGUCUCGGUUUUAAAUAUAUUUUUUUACAAAGACUGCAAGAGCUUAGAGUACCUCCUUGAGACUGCUUGCAUAACCUAAUGGCUGCUGCAUGUGUUCAUUUCUCCUGUCACGGCAAUGCCCAAGGGGUCUGGGCAGUGAAUCACCAAAACUGUUACCUGACCGUCUAAAUGGCUGGCAUGGUUUGUUCGGAACAGCUGUCAAUCAUGAGGGUGCAUUACAAAUAGCUUUGACAGAGAUACUUAUUUGCAAUAUGGACACCAAUGGCUCCUUAUAAUUUUGAAAGGUAUACCAGAGCAUUAGUAUUUCUUAAACGUAAUUGGUGGCAUGGACUCAUGUCAGCAGUGAAAUAGGGGUGGAAUGCAGUUAGUUGAUGGCUAUCAAAGAAUGUGAUUUAGUAAAUCUCAAAAUACACCAGACAAGGAACCCUGGUUGUUCCUGGGUCUACCGUUACUGUAUUGUAUAAGGGGCUUAAUACACAUUCAAUAUCUUGGCCUUAUGGAUGUAUCAAUACAAUAGCCACAUUACAUUUGGUCCCUUUAGUGGUCAGACCUAGUCGCCAUUGAUGUUAGCCUAAAAAACCUCCAUGCUCUCUCACAAGCACAGUUAGAUAUCCUCCUGCUGUCGAGGCAGUGUUUGUUGUACUUUAGCUGUCUGACAAACUCACACUGACAAACGUGAGCUAUGUCUCUAUGCCUCUGUGUCGCAGUAGUGCACAGUAGUAGUUUUUGUGGUUGCCAGAUCUCAACCUAGUUUCUGAGCAGGAGUUUAAACAAAAAUCCUAGGACUACUUAUUUGCAAUACUGCUCUUGCAGGUAAUGAAUAGGUUGAAGGUACAUUUAAUUGACCGUUGUUUGCUUUUGGUUGGAGGGAAGAAGGAAUGUCCUGUGAUGAGUCAGCAUAUCAGAGGUUUCUAGCACCUAGCAUUGCGUUUGUUUGAAUCUGGUUUAGCCAAUUGCUUGGAAAUGUAAAAAUGGAGAGGAAAUGAUUAAAUGGCAUGCUGGGAAACAUCAGCGCUAAUGAGAAGGGGGUGUGCCCCAGCCCAGCCAGGAAGUCCAUGCCAGGAUUUCGCCACUGCCUUAGGAGCUGGAACUACUUGCAACAACAGCAUAUUAUUUUUUUUGCCUCUCUUUCUCUCUCCCUCUCUCUGUCCACCACUACCUGCUCAGUUUCUCACUGUAGUAGAAUUGUGGCCUUAAGUUUCUGGAUGUGUGUAAAAAAACAAUAAAAACUAAACUUCAAAAUCAUAUUUCUGUUUUUGUUCAAUACCACAUGCUUUUGAGUGGUGCAAAUGUGAAAGAUUGCAUGGAAUUGCAAUAAACAAGAGUAGCACUUUGCUUGGUCCUGUAUUGGUGUUUCUGUGGGGGGGCUCUGUUUAUGUGAACCAGUAAAUAUUAAUUUGAAUUAUUAGCAGAAUAAGACUAACGGUAGCCUGAACUUAGAAAAUUGUAAAAUGCCUCUACUUUAUGAACACUACAUUGACCCAUAUUGGGGUAAAGGUGGCUGAUGAUGACGAUGACAAGCCUACUCCUGUAAGACUGUAACAUGACAGUUUUCUAAGAGUUCCUCUUGGGCCAUAUGACCGAGAGAUGGAUGCUACACCGGUCCCCUUGGGCUGGGCCAUCUCUUUGGGACCAUCCUCACCCCCUCUUGUCUCUCUGACUAGCGGGUGGUUAGAAAAAUGGUAUUGUUCAAUAGGUUUGCACAAAAUUGACAAUUCUUUGGGGCUUUUGGCAUUGAAAAGAGGGUAAAACAGACAUAGAAACACACACAUUGAGCAUUUACAUGUCAGUUUACCAUAGCCUUAUUGAGGAUUGUCGCUGUAGAGGGGAUGAAGGAUAUUUCUUUUGGCCGUUUUUCUGUGCGAGUGUCACCUUUUAAUCUCAGACCGGACUGCAGCAUGUGGAAGGAUCUGCCUUCCCUGCCUUAUCUGCCUUCGGGUUACUCAUUAGCCAACAUUUCAUCACUUGUUUACCUCUGUGAUGUAUGGGAGUUACAACGGGUACAUGUAAAAUCCAUUUAGGUACCCCCGCUUGGCAAAACCCGUGGAUUCUUGGAAGUGGGAAGUCAACAUAGCCAUGAUAAGAUGUAUUGUGCAGUGCCUGUCUAACAGUAAGCAUCACUGUACUUCUGUUUUUCUUCUCGUGGCGUUGGGCAUUGUUUGGCUUCAUGCAUGGAUUACCCAACGAAUCCCUACGAGGACGUUGAGAGGCUUUUUUAUUUGUAUUUUUUAUAUCAGUCUUCUUGUCAGUCACUUGACACUAGAACAUUAAUUGUCUGGUGGUUGCAUACAUUGACCGAUAUGUUUCUUGUGACUUAAGAUAAGGGUCCUUGCAUUCUUUUUGCAAACAUGGGUUACUUGACAUGGUUGCUGUUCUAGCCAGGGGUUAAAAUGGACCACUGUUCCACCACCAUUGGAAAAACAAAACAGUAACCGCUAACUUAAACUGUCAAUUGGAAAUCCCUCAAGUGUGAUCCAUUCUAUGGGCAGCCGCAGCUCCACCACCUCCUGAACUGUCAUUCAUGUCCAACAUAUUGCUAAAAUAAGUACCCUAGAAAACCUUCCCUUCCUCAUAUAUUUUCCUUCAUGACUUAAAGGUCUGGUCUGGCUUCCACCAUUCCACUUCCACCAAUAAGUCCUUUUACUUAAUCUGUUUGGGACAGAUUUGGAGACAACCUAAAAUUAACACCCGCCACCCGUCAGAUUUUGUUAUUGUAAAAUGUCUAUUUCACCAGCCACAGUGCGUUUUUGUUUCAUAGCAGGUACAUUCAUCGCACAAAGUCAAAGAACUAUGAAUCCUAUAUAGCCUAUAGACUGUUCACAAAAAAUGUAAAUGAAAUAUUAAACAUUACUUUACAUUUUAAGCAUUACUUCUAACUAGUAAUACAUUUUAUUGUUUUAGAAACAUUACAAAGCAUUCUCAACUAACUUAACUAAAUCUACCUGCUGUGGAGACAACCUUCCUGAGUAUAACUGAGAAUGUUGUGCAGUGACCAUGUCAACCAUAGCAACACCAGAGUGUUGCUCAAAACCUAAACAGGUAUGUUGGUUGCCAUCAGCCAUUUUAGAGGAGUCGUAGACUUGGUGUUUGCGGUUGGCAUGAAUCUCUGACAAGUAAAACCAGUACCAUGCAGUGCAGGCUGUAUGAAAAAUGCUGAACAGUGGGUAAUGCUACUAGUUACUAUGCUUGGUGUGGAAGGGAGACCUGGAUUAAACCAGUUCCAGGCCACAAUGGCCUUGCAUUUUCAAUGAUGUAGGUCAUUGAUCAGAGCACUGGGAUUCGGUUGCCGACGGCAGCGUCAAUAGCGUUGUCCGUCUGCAUCCCAGAAACCCAACCCUGGUCACCCGAUGCCUCAGCCCCUGACCUCGCCACUGCAUCGUGCCAGGGAGAAUAGGCUGCAAAGCCUCACGAUUGUUUGCAGUGGAAACCCAAUAUUUCCCACCACAAACCUUAUGUUUGGGUGGUUUACUUUCGAGGCCGCUAGUUGUUGCUUUUGCCGUCCAAUGAGUUUUGCCUUUGAAACAGCUUAUUGCAUUGCUGGAAUGUUUUUUUUUCUUCCACUGAGCACAAGCCAGGAAAUGUCUUCCUUUGACGUGAAUGUCCCGGUUUCUGAUUCUGCUUUUGCUUUAUGGUGGUUAGGCUGCUUCAAAAGAACCUAUGUUAUUUGGACCAGCUCAGGCUUAGUCAUAGUGUUCUGAAUCGGUCUACAUCUAGGCUAGUCCUUCUAAAGCAGGUGUGUCAAAUUCAUUCCACAGCGGGCCGAGUGUCUGCAGGUUUUUGGUGUUUCCUUUCAAUUAAGACCUAGACAACCAGGUGAGGGGAGUUCUUUACUAAUUAGUGACCUUAAUUAAUCAAUCGAGUACAAAUGUGGAGUGAAAACCUGUAGACACGUGAUCUAAAGGAUAAGGCCCUUUUGGCCCGGGUUGUAGGCUUUGAGUUUAGUGAGCCACACUGGUCAGUACUCUGAAUAGCACCUCUUUGUUCUUGUGCAACACAGAGCGAGCGAGAGGGAGCGAGCGAGAGCCAGAAAGUGCCAGAGCUUUUUAGAAGCUUCAUUUGCACAGACCCACCACGCAUGAGCUGUUCUAGAUAGUCCAGCCAAGUUUUCAGAACUAGACAGAGGUGUGUGUGUGUGUGUGUGUGUGUGUGUGUGUGUGUUUUUUCUCUCCCUCCAGCUUUCUCGCCCUAGUCCUCUGCCCAGUCCUAUCCCCCUCUCCACUCCAGGGGCUUGUUUUGGAUGUCCUGGUUUGGUGCCCUGGUUUCCAUUGCAUGUUCGGUCUGCUACCACCACAGGGUUCAUGACACUGGGUUUGCUUGGUAAAGGGAACUGAUAUGGGCACCAAACCCCUCUCUCCCGGUUCAUGUGGGAAUCAUGUAGAAAAUUCGGUCAAGUGUCAAUUUCUUUCACUGUUAUUUAGACUUUUUCUGAAGAAUUAGCCUGUCACAAAACAUCUUGUAGUCACUGUUUAGAAAGGAUUUUGGGCUGUAAUUGCAAUAGUUGCUGGAAAUGUUAUGGUCACUGCUAGUGGAAUAAUUUAGAUUUGAUCUUUCAUCUUUAUAUUUUACACAGACCCUGAGACUGUUGUGGCGUGUCUACUUACUAAACUUAUUUCAAACAAUUAUUCCCUGUUAUUGCAAGUAUUAGCUUAUUUUCAUUGUUUCCCAAUCUUUGCUUUCCUAUAAAUGUACUUUUGCUGGGCUUGCAGCUCGGGCCUCGAUAGUAAGAAGCUCGACCGGUCACCAGCAGCUGAGCUGUAGCCGUGGGUGGAGCGAUGCGUCCCAUUUGGCUGCUAUGUGUCAGUCUGUAACACCAGUGUUGACAGUGUUGGUUAGGCCUAUUACAGACCGGGAGGGAAGGGGAGUGGUGAGCUGUGGACUCCACUGCUCAGUGCUCCAGAGAGACGCAGAGAGAAGUGAACAGAAACAAACCUUGGUCCGGCACACUAACAAAUGAAAUGUUACUGAAACAAACACGGAGGGAGCUUUCGCUGGAGUCCAAAUUUGAGAUGAAGUUAUUGGCAACAAGUAUCCUGUUUUUUAAAGGGCUUUGAAAAUAUAUACACUACCGGUCAAAAGUUUUAGAACACUCAUUCAUUCAAGGGUUUUUCUUUAUUUGUACAAUUUUUUACAUUUGUAGAAUAAUAGUGAAGAUAUCAAAACUAUGAAAUAACACAUAUGGAAUCAUGUAGUAACCAAAUCAAAAUAUAUUUUAUAUUUGAGAUUCUUCAAAUAGCCACCCUUUGCCUUGAUGACAGCUUUGCACACUCUUGGAAUUCUCUCAACCAGCUUCACCUGGAAUGCUUUUCCAACAGUUUUGAAGGAGUUCCCACAUAUGCUGAGCACUUGUUGGCUGCUUUUCCUUCACUGCGGUCUGACUCAUCCCAAACCAUCUCAAUUUGGUUGAGGUCGGGGGAUUGUGGAGGCCAGGUCAUCUGAUGCAGCACUCCAUCACUCUCCUUCUUGGUCGAAUAGCCCUUACACAGCCAGGAGGCUUGUGGUCCUCUGUAGCUCAAUUGGUAGAGCAUGGCGCUUGUAACGCCAGGGUAGUGGGUUCGAUCCCCGGGACCACCCAUACGUAAAAAUGUAUGUGCACAUGACUAAGUCGCUUUGGAUAAAAGCGUCUGCUAAAUGGCUUAUUAUUAUUAUUAUUGUCCUGUUGAAAACAAAUUAUUGUCCCACUAAGCCCAAACCAGAUGGGAUGGCAUAUUGCUGCAGAAUGCUGUGGUAGCCAUGCUGGUUAAGUGUGCCUUGAAUUCUAAAUAAAUCACAGACAGUGUCACCAGCAAAGCACCCCCACACCAUCACACCACCUCCUCAAUGCUUUACGGUGGGAAAUACACAUGCGGAGAUCAUCCGUUCACCCACACCGCGUCUCACAAAGACAUGGCGGUUGGAACCAAAAAUCUCCAAUUUGGACAAUUCGACCAUGAAGUCUCCUCUGAACAGUGGAUGUUAAUGUGUCUGUUACUUGAACUCUGUGAAGCAUUUUUAUGGGCUGCAAUUUCUGAGGCUGGUAACUCUAAUGAACUUAUCCUCUGCAGCAGAGGUAACUCUGGGUCUUCCAUUCCUGUAGCAGUCCUCAUGAGAGCCAGUUUCAUCAUAGCGCUUGCUGGUUUUUGCGACUGCACUUGAAGAAACUUUCAAAGUUCUUGAAAUGAUCCAUAUUGACUGACCGUCAUGUCUUAAAGUAAUGAUGGACUGUCGUUUCUCUUUGCUUAUUUGAGCUGUUCUUGCCAUAAUAUGGAUUUUAUCUUUUACCAAAUAGGGCUUUCUUCUGUAUACCCCCCCCCCCCCCCCCCCACCUGGUCACAACACAACUGAUUCGCUCAAACGCAUUUAGAAGGAAAGAAAUUCCCCAAAUUAACUUUUAAGAAGGCACACCUGUUAAUUGAAAUGCUUUCCAGGUAACUACCUCAUGAAGCUGGUUGAGAGAAUACAGUGUGCAAAGCUGUCAAGGCAAAAGGUGGAUAUUUGAAGAAUCUCAAAUAUGAAAUAUAUUUUGAUUUGUUUUACACUGUUUUGGUUACUACAUGAUUCCAUAUGUGUUAUUUCAUAGUUUGAUGUAUUCACUAUUAUUCUACAAUGUAGAAAGUAGUAAAAUAUAGAAAAACCCUUGAAUGAGUAGGUGUUCUAAAACUUUUGACCGGUGGGGGGGGUGUGUGUGUGUGUGUGUGUUUUUAUAUAUAUUUAUUUAUUUUAAGAUGAAUAUGUCACUUUUUGGGUGACCUGACCAAAUUCACAUAAAAAUUUGACUUAUAGAUAUGUAAUUCUCAUUGAAUGCAAGUUUAAGAAGCGGUAGAUCUGUUCUAUGUUCGCUAUUUCUAUGCUUCCCGUUUUUGCAUCUUUUACUUUUGGCAUAAAUGACUGAAAUCAGCUCAAAGUGAUUUUAAUUACUAUAUCUGUUUGGGAUUCUUGCAGUCACACUGACUUUACGGGCUGUUCCUCUUUGCCACACUGACUUUACAAGCUGUUUGUCUCUGCCACACUGACUUCACGGGCUGUUCCUCUUGCAACAAAGCUUGCAGACUUAUUUUUUUCGUAAAUUUCUAUGAUGUUGAACUCGAAGGCUGUUUACCUGUUGUUGAUGCCUGUAAUACUGUUCAUCCUCAUUCGGUGAGGCAGACCUGAGUAACAAUAUUGCUCCUCCUUGAGCAGAGCCUGAAAGGCAGAUCAGAUCAGUGACUGUUUCCUCUCCCUGUGUGUCUCAGGGGCCGUAGCAGAGGCCGAGCCCAGGCUGAGGAUGAAGACAGCAUGGACGGGACGGAGACUGCCGAAGCCGAGAACACGCAGGAUAUGGGUGAGUUGACUGUCUUGGUCGUCAUGGAAAUGUUUGUGUGUGUGUACAUACCUGUAUCAGUGUGUGCCUCUUGUUUUGUGUGUGUGCACCUUCAUGCGCGUUCAUCUUUUAAUAUUUGCGUGCUGUUGUCUUCAUACAUGUGUGCUUGUUUAGGCUGCUGUCACUGAUAGUGGGGUGAUGGUAUUCGGGGGAGAUUUGAUCAUUUUAUCGAAUGCCUCUUUCAUCAUUAAGACUUAGUUCUUUGGAGCUGUUGCACGACCACUACCUCCUCAAUACAGACCACUACCACCUCAAUACAGACCACUACCACCUCAGUACAGACCACUACCACCUCAGUACAGACCACUACCACCUCAGUACAGACCACUACCACCUCAGUACAGACCACUACCACCUCAGUACAGACCACUACCACCUCAAUACAGACCACUACCACCUCAGUACAGACCACUACCUCCUCAAUACAGACCACUACCACCUCAGUACAGACCACUACCUCCUCAAUACAGACCACUACCACCUCAGUACAGACCACUACCACCUCAGUACAGACCACUACCACCUCAGUACAGACCACUACCUCCUCAAUACAGACCACUACCUCCUCAAUACAGACCACUACCUCCUCAAUACAGAUUGUUGCCUCUCAGUACAGACAACUUGAAGGGUAUCUACCAGUCUUUUUGUUGCAUGUUGCGCCACCCUCCCCCCACGUCUUUUUGAGGUAUCAAUUGCUAAAUGGUAGAUGACUAAAGGCCAGUUCAUACUUGUAUGUCCACAGAGCCAAAAUGUAGGCCUAAUCGCUGGCUCGUUAUGGGAUGUUUACAAAGCCAUCUACAGCUGCUGUCUGCAGGGGUCUCGCCGGCCCACCGUGCACUUCCCCAAACAUUUCUAACCCGAUAGCUCUGUGGAUGCGGCUUUGUAAAGGCAGAACGUCCUUGGAAAACAAGCUGCCAUUCGGAGAAUGCAUUAUGUAAAUCAACUGCCAGAGGGCGGUCUAAUAUUUGAGAUAGAAUGUGGUCAACUCCCCUGUUGGCGGUGUUGUGUUGGUUCGCUUAUCGCUGCUGGCAUUUGGUUGACCUGUAAAUGACUUCACAAGCUUGGCAAAUGCCACACAAAGAGGAGAGAAAUAAAGUCCAAAUCAUUUUAACUGCUUUUGUGCUGCUGUCACAGGGUUUCCUUUCUCCUCCAUGAUCACUAGGUUUAAAGCCUAUCCAAACCUUUCACCUGUUUGUGGUAAUGGUAGAUAGGGGAGGAAGAAAUGAAUUGUAUUGAGACCCACGCCUAGUCAUGGUGAUUUCCCUAGUUUUCCUCAAUGCACGAUGAGACCAAGGCUUCAGAGGACUAGUCAAAGCCUAAUCUUGGGUCGAAGACGAUCACACCAGCAAACAUCAUUAGCAUCACUUGAUCUGUUCCACUUCUAAAAAGUGACCUAACCACAUUUGCUGCCAACCCUUACCAACGCACGAACAGACGCACGCCCAACCCCUUUCCAACAAGGGUGGCUUAAAGUUCAAGGCACCCCCUGUCUUUGAAUGACUCAAUCAUGCUCCCCCCCCACAAAAGCCUCUUGCCGGAGAUUAAUUUCCUAGUUAUUAAUCGAAAUCCAUGGUCUGUCAAGGCUUUUGACGUGGGAUUUUCCUAGGUGGAAUGCUUUAAGAAAAUAAACAGACAUAAAAACGGAAAAUAAUUUAGGCCGAGUCAGUGUCAAAAGGGCAAAUUAGGUCCCUUUUCUACUUGUACCCCACCUAGUUGUCUCCCUUUGCCCAGAAUCUGCAUUAGAAUAUUGGCCUAUCUUGUUUGUAUUCCUUCUUAGUUAUGCAGAGUGCUACCAAAGACCAGGGUUUGCUUUGGCUCCAAGAAUGGAGUUUUGUGUCUAAACAAUACAGAAAAUAAAGAUGCAGUGUGUACGCUUCAGUGCUUUUGCGAGCUACAACAAGGAUAUUAUUUUAUCCCCCCAUUUCCAGAGUGAAGGAAUGUCGUCGCUGGGAACAAAAGAAAAGUCCUUUAUCGCUCUUUUUUAAUGAGUGGUUGAGAAUCACGUCCGGGUCAACGGUUCAAAAUAACACAUUUUCGGCUUUUCAAGUGGUGCAGCAGAGCGAAAGGGGGAGCGAAUGAUUUAUGAAAGUAUUGUGAAUGCCUGACUGAGGGUUGUGGAUACCCUACUGUCUCAGGACUUCAUUUAACCCCAUAAAAAAAAAAAACAGCCAAGAAGGAAAUGGAUCAGAAUCUGUGGGUUGUAUUUCAUUAGCUCUCUCUGGGAGGUCUGCCAGAUCAGGCUUGAGAAGUCCGCUCCACCCCGAGACUGGGGCUCCACUGUGAUCGAGGGGUGUUUUCUUUGUGCCAUAAACAAUUACUUAAAUUCAUAGUGUCCAAGUAGGGCCUUAUCAAGGCUCUUGUUGUUAUUGCUAAGUUGUUUUAUCCAAGAGGAAAUGUAACCAUUUGAGAUUCUCAUAAUUACAAUGGUAUUAGACUACUCAUUCUGGAAAGAGGUGUGUCCGUCCAGAACAAUUGCAGAUCUUCAUUUUGUGAAUCCACAUAUUUCAUAUGUAUUUCUCAUGAUGUUAUAAUUUUUAAUUAAAUGUUACAAUUAUGUAAAACCCAGAAUGACAGUAACUAGCCUAACCACAAGAUCAAGGUGUUAAAUACAGUUGAAGGCGGAAGUUUACAUACACUUAGGUUGGUGUCAUUAAAACUCGUUUUUCAACCACUCCACAAAUGUCUUGUUAGGACAUCUACUUUGUGCAUGACACAAGUCAUUUUUCCAACAAUUGUUUACAGACAGAUUAUUUCACUUAUAAUUCACUGUAUCACAAUUCCAGUGGGUCAGAAGUUUACAUACACAAAGUUGACUGUGCCUUUAAACAGCUUGGAAAAGUCCAGAAAAUGUUGUCAUGGCUUUAGAAGCUUCUGAUAGGCUAAUUGACAUCAUUUGAGUCAAUUGGAGGUGUACCUGUGGAUGUAUUUCAAGGCCUACCUUCAAACUCAGUGCCUCUUUGCUUGACAUCAUGGGAAAAUCUAAAGAAAUCAGCCAAGACCUCAGAAAAAAAAUGGUAGACCUCCACAAGUCUGGUUCAUCCUUGGGAGCAAUUUCCAAACGCCUGAAGGUACCACGUUCAUCUGUACAAACAAUAGUACGCAAUUAUAAACACCAUGGGACCACGCAGCCAUCAUACCGCUCAGGAAGGCGAUGCGUUCUGUCUCCUAGAGAUGAACGUACCUUGGUGCGAAAAGUGCAAAUCAAUCCCCGAACAACAGCAAAGGACCUUGUGAAGAUGCUGGAGGAAACGGGUACAAAAGCAUCUAUAUCCACAGUAAAACGAGUCCUAUAUCGACAUAACCUGAAAGGCUGCUCAGCAAGGAAGAAGCCACUGCUCCAAAACCGCCAUUAAAAAGCCAGACUACGGUUUACAACUGCACAUGGGGACAAAGAUCGUACUUUUUUGAGAAAUGUCCUCUGGUCUGAUGAAACAAAAAUAGAACUGUUUGACCAUAAUGACCAUCGUUAUGUUUGGAGGAUAAAGGGGUGGCUUGCAAGCCAAAUAACACCAUCCCAACCAUGAAGCAUGGGGGUGGCAGCAUGAUGCUGUGGGGGUGCUUUGCUGCAGGAGGGACUGGUGCACUUCACAAAAUAGAUGGCAUCAUGAGGAAGGAAAAUGAUGUGGAUAUAUUGAAGCAACAUCUCAAGACAUCAGUCAGGAAGUUAAAGCUUGGUCUCAAAUGGGUCUUCCAAAUGGACAAUGACCCCAAGCAUACUUCCAAAGUUGUGGCAAAAUGGCUUAAGGACAACAAAGUCAAGGUAUUGGAGUGGCCAUCACAAAGCCCUGACCUCAAUCCUAUAGAAAAUGUGUGGGCAGAACUUAAAAAGCGUGUGCGAGCAAGGAGGCCUAAAAACCUGACUCAGUUACACCAGCUCUGUCAGGAGGAAUGGGCCAAUAAUAAUAAUAUGCCAUUUAGCAGACGCUUUUAUCCAAAGCGACUUACAGUCGUGCGUGCAUACAUUUUUUUUUGUGUAUGGGUGGUCCCGGGGAUCGAACCCACUACCUUGGCGUUACAAGCGCCGUGCUCUACCAGUUGAGCUACAGAGGACCACCCAUUCACCCAACUUAUUGUGGGAAGCUUGUGGAAGGCUACCAGAAACGUUUGACCCAAUUUAAACAAUUUAAAGGCAAUGCUACCAAAUACUAAUUGAGUGUAUGUAAACUUCUGACCCACUGGGAAUGUGAUGAAAGAAAUAAAAGCUGAAAUAUAUAAUUCUCUCUACUGACAUUUCACAUUCUUAAAAUAAAGUGGUGAUCCUAACUGACCUAAGACAGGGAGUCUUUACUAGGAUUAAAUGUCAGGAAUUGUGAAAAACUGAGUUUAAAUGUAUUUGGCUAAGGUGCAUGUAAACUUCCGACUUCAACUAACUGUGCUAGAUGUUUUAAGUUGUAUGGCUUUUAUAAUUGGUAGAAAAACAAUCCGCAAAUGCUAAAAAUGAGACUGUGCAUUCUGCAGUCUGUGCUCUCGUGUGGUUAAUUAGUGACAAUGUUUUGACCACUUCAUCAACCUUAUCCCUAAUAAACCACAUGGGAGCAUAGAUGGCAGUGUGUGGAGUUUUUAUCAUUUGCUGAACAUUAUCUGAUAUCCAGCACCUGCUCAAAGUCAUUGGAUGUGCAUAUGUUCUCUUUCUCUAUAGAAACAACAAAUCUUAAUAGAAGUAACAGUGUAGUUACUAGCCGAGGUAUCAAUUCUUACACAACUGAUUUACCAGAAAGCAAACAAAUGUUGCCCAUACACGCCAACAGUGGUAGGCAUUGUUGAUAAAUGUAAUUGGUCUGUCCCAUUGAUGUAAAGUUUAUAAACUCUAAAUUAUUUGGCCUGCCUUUAUUUCCCCUGAACUGGUGUGUGGGCAACUCUUCAGUGAAAGAGUGCCACAUUUUUGUCGCUUUAAAGGUCAAGGUAAAGGUCACGUCAUCUCUUUAUGCCCGGACGCGUUGUGACAUUUUCGGCAAUGCUUUUGUGAUUUUUUUUUUUUCCUCCAGAUUAAUUGACUGGAGUUCACAGCCCUUCUCCUACUGAAAGGGUUGCUAGAGCUCAAAGCAUUCACUAAGCCCACACAAUCUCAGUGUUGUUUUUGGUAACACUAGAGCAGAGAAAAAGUUUGCAGGGUAAUGUUCAUUAAGGCAUGCAAUGGAAAAUGUUUUUAAAUGUUUUGCAACAGGAAAAUGAGCACUUCUUAUUGGACAAGUCCAGGUAGUUCUCUCAGUGAGUUUUAUUCCUUUUGGUGCUUAAUGAACACAACCCAGAGGUGCCAGUUGUGCUGAGCCUUUGACUGGCAGGUGAGGGGUUAGGACUAAUCAUUUUGCUGUUCAGCAGAACUCUGUUUUUCUUUGGUCUUAGACAAUGGUUUGGAAUUGUAAGCGCUCCGUGUUUGCAUAGUGUGACAAAUCGUGUCACAAUAAAUAAAAAAAAUCAGACAAUGUGUUCCUAAAAGAGUCCUGAGUGAAACUAGACCCGGUUUAUUCUGAAAAGGUGUUGUUGUCUAUGUCAACUGUGUUACCAAAGACACACGCACUGUCACCCUGGAUUAUGCUAGUUUGAACUCAUUUGGUAGUGAACACUGCUGCCGUCCAAUGGCUAAAUGGUCUGUUCUAGUCAGUAAACAUUCUAAAGUGCUUUAAUGAGAUGUUUUAAGUAAAUAACAGUGUAACCUCUACCCCCUCUUUCUCCCACAGAAGUUAAGGAGCUGGUCCUGGAUGUCGAGGAGAUCAUGGUGCCCAGCCCCGUGCCCAGCCCCAUUGACGACAGACCACUCUUCCAGCGCUCCGUGUCGGAGGACUCUGCAGGAUCCUCCGCCUCGACCCUGGUGCACGCCAAAGUCCGGUAAGAGGGGGAGACGGUGUGUGUUUGGAGUAGAGUAGGGAUGGAGUGUGAUUAGGGGAAGAGAGUGACAUAGAAAGAAGUGUGUGUGUGCUAGAUGGACAGAAUAAGGCAGAGCAGGAGAUGGCGGCAGGGAAAGGGAAAAUGAGAUUCCAGUAAGAGAGGCAGAGAGAGUAAGACUGACAUUCUAGAAUUCUCAGAGGGAGGGAGAGUGGGGGGAAUAUAAAUGAUAUUGGUGAGCGAGAAAAUUACUCUGACAUGCUGAGUCACAGCUGUGUGUGUGUGGUUAACAGUGGAUGGAGUGCAAGGCGUGUGUAUAUUUCUGUCUCAAUGCACACACAGUGGUGGUGUUUUUGCACCCCCAACAAAAUGAGUGUGGGCCGAGAGGGAGGCGGAGUGUGUGCGUUGCGAGAGAGCGAUAGACAGAGUGGGAACAAGCAAAGGAAAUAUGGAGAGGGUAUUUUCAGGGAGUGUAAAGGAUGAGAGGAUGUGUGUGCUUGCACGCUCGAAUGAGCCACCAUGGUGGGGAUGGAGGACGGGGAAGGGGAAGGCGUGCAGGGAAGGUAAGCGGGGGAGGUAGUGAGGCGAGGUGGGGGAGGGGAACGAGCAGCAGAGAUAAUUAAGCGCUGGGGAUUGUGGGUAGCGGGGAAAAGCAGGCUGGGUAAAGAGGUCUCGGGGCCCUCGGUGGUAGCCUGGCAGACUGCAGACUGCAGGGCUGCUACUGUAAUUAGGAGAGAGAGCGAGAUGGCUUUUUCUUUCUAGUUCCAAUUAGUAGAGAUUGUGCUUCCGCUAGUGUACAGUAGAGGCCCCGGCAACAUGUGGAGGGAUGCAGGAAGUCACACAUGCAUACAGACAUGCACAUGCACACACAUCGUACACACACACACUAGAGCCCUGCACGGCCAUGAAUUUUAAGCCCGAGGCCUACUCAUGCCCACGACGUUCAGGACCUACCCUACCCAGAUUUAAGGCCCGACACUGCCCGAAAUCAGAAAUAACUUCCUCCGUUAGUAAAUCCAUUAGCUGCUCCUCUCUGUCUGUCAUUCGUUCCCUGCGCACUGCUUGCUCUGCAAGCGCUUACUCAUGGGGGCUCUGGGUCUGUGAGGAUCCAUAGCAAUGGCUCCACUUUGGCUUGCCUGCUCAAUGAUGAGACAUGAGAGAGCAGCAUUUAGCUAAUUUUAGUCACACUAAUCUCAGACAAAACUCUUUCUGUGAAAUAAUCUCUCCUGUUUUAUAUCCAUGGCCCAGUGGUGGGACCCUCUGCUAUUGUCAGGGGGCUCCCAUGGGCUGAGUUGUGUCCUGCAAGGUGAUCACGACAGACGCAUAUCCCCUGAGGAUGGGGUGCGCUCUACGAAGGCAACUCGAUUUGGGGGGUAUGGACACUGGUGCGGAGCGCACUGCAUAUCAAUUACCCGGAGCUCCUAACGGUGUAUCUGGCGCUCAGGCACUUCCCCAUGCUUUUGUCGGGCCGGCUUUUGCUGGUCAGAACCAGCAAUAUGUCAGUGGUGGCAUGCAUUAAUAGAGGGUUAGAGACUCUCUCUGCCUCCCAAAUUUGGCUCACUCCCUAUUGCUGGGGAACACUGUGCACAUGCUCUUGCUUUGGGCGACGCAUUGCCCCGGUUGCCUCAACUCAGGUGAAGAUAUUUUAUUCAGGUGUGACCCUCUCAGGAGUGGAGGCCCAGGUAUGGGAAAUGUUCAGCCGGGCCGACGUAGAUCUUUACGCAUAGCGAGAAAGGUCCAGUGUCGUCUAUUUUUCUCUGAGUGACCCGAGUGCUCCAUUGGUAACAGACGCUCUGGUGCACUAGUGGCCUUGGAUCCUCCUUUCCGUGUUUCCGCUAGUGGUUCUGAUUCAUCCUAAAUUGGAGAGGGCGCACCGGGAGGGCUUAUCAUUGAUUAUUGUGGCUCCCUGUUGGCCCAGACUUUGUUUGCGGAGAUCAUUCGCCUUUUUAGGCAGGGACCUGUGUCAACUCCCAUUUGCGUAUAAGUGGCAAGUGUUUGAGCUCUGGUGCCAAGAUAAAGGACUUGUUCCUUUUCAGUGCUCUGUGAGGGACAUCCUUAUGUUCCUAUAGGAGCUUUUCGAGCAGGGGCGGGCAUUCUCCAAGUUAAAAGUUUACAUGGCCGCUAUCUCAGUGUGAUAUGUCGGAAUUGAUGGAGCCUCACCUGGGGCCCACCCCCUGGUUGUGCGGUUCCUAACAGGUGUACGUCGUCUUAGACCGGUCUCUAAACCUAUUGCGCCCACAUGGGACUUGGCGGGGGUUUUGGAGGCACUGUGUGCGGCCCCCUUUGAGCCUCUAGAGUCGGUGGAUCUGAAGAUCCUCUCCUACAAAACCUCCCGCCCCUCGUGGCUUUGGCCUCGGCUAAAUGUUUUGGGGACCGCUGCGUUAUCUGGUACUCUGUUCACCCUGGGCAACUCUAAGGUGACUUUGCAUCCAAAUGUGGCCUUUUCACCAGAAGUCAUGGCUAUGUCCUACAGGGCUUUAGCUUUUGAGUUAUUUCCCUUUUCGCCUCCUUUUGCUUCUGAAGAGCAAGGUUCCAUGCCCUGUGUUCGGUGCGAGCUUUACGCACGUACAUUGAACGGACCCUGGGAUAUCUGGUUAUGUGACAUGCUUUUUGUCAGUGACAUCCAAGGUUUUAUCGCUUGGAUGUCACUGCUCCCAGUGUAGCCCAUACGGUGCUUACGGCUGGGACAGGCGAAAGUAACUAGGCAGUGCGCCGUGUGCAAUACCCAGACUGCCACAUCUGGCGGGGUCAGGUCUGGGUGGUCAGCAUGGGCCGUUUUCAUUUAGUAUCCAUUGGGGUCGGCUUGGGGCGUCAUUAUAUUUCCCCAUAGUAUGUUGUACUGAAAUUGACUGGCUAAAAGGGAACGUAACGUUAUGACUAUAACUACUACUGUUCCCUGAAGGAGGAAAACGUGGCCCCUGUGCCGCCCGUUCCUGGGCUCGGUGAAGAGCAGUAUUAAAUUGAAGGAAUGAAACUGAGCCUUACGCUUAUUAACUGUGGAAGGCGGGGCUUCCAGCGAGGUGUAGAUUUCAGGCGUGAUUGUAGAUUUUUCUACCAAAGUCACUAGUGCGACUCCCCAUAGUAUGUUGUACCUUGUUUCCCUCCUUCAGGGAACAGUAGUUAUAGAUUUGGAAUAAAGUACAGCAUGCAAAGGGGCCCUAUUAACAACCUGAUUUUUACAAAAUAAGUAUCUAAAUAUAGGCUGCAUCUCUCUAAUUCCUUUUGGAUUCUUUUUUUGUUUGUUUUAGCUGUCAGCAUUUACCUUACAGGUUGGCAGCAUGUCAGUGUAUCAGAUUGAAAGAAUAUGGCUGCUCAGUGUGUGGAUGUUGUCAACCGAUACUGUCUUUUAUUGGUGUUUUCAACCCCUUUUGGUACGUAGGUAGAGCUUGUAUUUAGCGCAGUGUUUCCCUACAACCCCCACCCAUCAAAAAUACUUAUUUGGGUUUCAGUUUUGGGAAAAACUGGUACAGAGAGCAGGGUCGUGUUUGAAACGUUUUGCAACAGAAAACGACAAGUCACUCCCCUUUUCAGUCCAUUUUCUUCAAUUUGGUGCCUAAUGAACACUACCCUGUGUGUCUCCUAUGUGGCCCCUGCAGUGAAAAGCUGUGUGCCUUCUGCUACUGUGGCGAGAGGAGUUUCCUGGGCCAGGGUGACCUGAUGGUGUUCGGCCCCACGCCGGGUUACGUGCCACUGCACAUCCGCAACCGCCGAGGCAGCUCGGAGAAGGACGAUGACUACCACGAAGAGGACUUCCAAGACGACGACCACGACACCAAGAGCCCAGGGCUGCGCGACGGCGGGAGGGGCCUUAAA